GGAAUAGCAGCUCUGCAAAGGUUCAUUCUUCUUCGCCGCUUGGGUGGAGGCUUUGAAUAGGCUUUUUGAGUUUCGAAUACUUGUCCAUCCAAUGGGCCUUCUUAAUGGCCCAGUUUAUAUCAGGACGUCAAAUGUUUAGGAGUUCACCCGUCUCUGUAGAGAUGGAUAACCCUUCUGAUAAUGCUGAACACACGGAGAUGGAUAACCCUUCUUUGAUUGAAACGGAUCACAAUGCUUCUGGGAAGGUUAGUAACCCUGAACACGAGGAAAUGGAGAACACUGCUUCUAUUGAGAUGCAGACAACUGUUUCUGACAAGGAUGAUAAUCCUGAACAUGUGGCAAUGGAUAAUCCUGCGUCUGUUGAGAACCCUGAUCUGUCAAAGGUUGAUAACCCCGAAUGCUUGGAGAUGAAUAAGAGUGCUUCUUCCAUUGAGAUGGAUAACACUGCCUCAGCAAGAGUUGAAAACCCUGAGUGUCUGGAGAUGGAUAACAACCCUGCUUCUUCUGAGACAGAUAAAAGUACUGUUUUGAGGGUUGAUAAUCCUGAGUGUGCUAAGAUGGAUGACAACCUUGCUUCUAUUGAGAUGGAUAAAGCAACUGUUGCAAGGGUAGAUAACCCUGAGCGCGUGGAGAUGGAUAACAAACCUGCUUCCAUUGAGGUGUAUACAGCUGCUUCUUUGAGGGUUGAUAAACCUGAAUGUGUUGAGAUGGAUGAUAACCCUACUUCCAUUGGCAUGGAUAAAACUUCUUCUGCAAAGGUAGAUAAUCCCGAAUGUGAGGAGAUGGAUAAUAACCCUGCUUCCUUUGAGAUGGAUAAAACUUCUUCUCCAAAGGUAGAUAAUCCCAAAUGUGAGGAGAUGGAUAAUAACCCCACUUCCAUUGAGAUGGAUGAUAAUCCUGCUUCCAUUGAGAUGGAUGAUAACCCUGCUUCCAUUGAGAUGGAUGAUAAUCCUGCUUCCAUUGAGAUGGAUAAUAACCCUGCUUCCAUUGAGAUGGAUAAAACUUCUUCCGCAAAGGUAGAUAAUCCCGAAUUUGAGGAGAUGGAUAAUGACCCUGCUUCCAUUGAGAUGGAUAAAACUUCUUCCGCAAACAUAGGUAAUCCCGAAUGUGAGGAGAUGGAUAAUAACACUGCUUCCAUUGAGAUGGAUAAAACUCCUUCCACUAAGGUAGAUAAUUUCGAAUGUGAGGAAAUGAAUAAUAACCCUGCUUACAUUGAGAUGGAUAAAACUACUGCGAGGGUUGAGAAUCCGGAACAUGCAGAGAUGGAGAGGGAUCCUGAGAUGGAUAAAACUGCGUCUGCUAGAGUUGAUAACCCUGAGUAUAUGAAGGUGGAGAACGACCCUGCUUUUGUUGAGAUGGAUAACAUUGCUUCUGCAAGGGUUGACAACCCUGAACAUGUGGAGAUAAACAAUCUUGCUUCUACAGGUAUGGAUAGCUGUGCUUCCUUUGGAUUGGAUGGCCAUGCUUCUCUGGAGGUGGAUAACCCUCUAUCUGUGGAGGUGAACCCUCUUGCCAUGGAGAUAGAUAACCCUGCUACGGCUGUUAUUCCAUUUACACCCACUACUCCUAUUGUUCCUUCUGUUAAUAAUGAGCAGUCGAAUACCGAUUCACAGCCUAAUAAGCGUAGAAGGAAGAAAUCAAUUGUCUGGGAACACUUCACUAUAGAGACUGUUGGAGCUGGAUGUACCAGGGCCUGUUGUAAGCAGUGCAAGAAAUCCUUUGCUUAUAUUACUGGUUCAAAGCUUGCAGGAACUAGCCACCUUAAGCGACAUAUUGCCUUGGGAAUCUGUCCAGUUAGCCGUCAGAGGAACCAACAAACACCAGGGGCCAAAACUGGGAGCACUUCUGAACCACCAAAAAGACGGUAUAGAGCAUCUCCUGGAUAUGCAAGCAUUCCGUUAGAUCAGGACCGGUGUUACCAUGAGAUUGCUAAGAUGAUCAUAUUGCAUGAUUACCCCCUCCACAUUGUGGAACAUCCUGGUUUCAUUGAUUUUGUGAGGUCUCUUCAACCCCAGUUCAAUAUGGUGAGCUUCAACACUAUUCAGGGCGAUUGUGUGGCUAUGUACUUGAAAGAGAAGCAAAGCCUUCUGGAAUUUAUUAGCAGGAUUCCUGGACGAGUCAGCAUUACGUUGGACUUGUGGACUUCAAUCAAGUGUGGGCUAUGUUUUCUUGACCGGUCACUUCAUUGAUAAUGAAUUUAAUUUGCAUCGUCGAUACUUAAUGUUGUAAUGGUAGCUUC